AUGAACUUUAUUAACCAUCUCCCCGUCACUGCAACCGAGGGUAUCAUCGACGAUAUCAAAAUACAAUGGACUAUCAAUGGCACCAUGAAUUUACCGGGCAAUGCUGGAUAUUACAAGACAGAUCUGGCCGAGAUGAAACGCGCGACAGAAUACUUAGCACAUUCCUGCGUCAAACGAUUAGGGAAGACCAGAGUUCGAAUAGUUGGAUCUUUCCACAAAACAACUACCAGCAGAACAACCCAUGAGUAG